AUGUGGCAUAUAUUGUUGUUACUCUUUACGCUCCAAUACACAAUGUGCUAUUUUCAACCCAGAAUUAUAGGAGGACAUUCGUGUAUCAACGAAUAUUGGUAUCAGGCGUCUAUUCAUCAUAUGGGAAAGCAUCAUUGCGGAGGGUCCAUUAUAAGCGAAAAGUGGCUGCUAACAGCAGCACAUUGUGUUUACGGGUACGUUUUUUCUACCGAAUUUAAAAUUCAUGUAGGCAGUGCUUACAACAAUGAUGGCGUUGAAUACGAUAUCAAAAAUAUAAUUUGGCACGAGAAUUACAAUAAAUAUACGUAUAAUUACGACGCCGCCUUAAUAAUGCUGUCGACCCCCCUGAAAAUAAGCCCGACUACGAAACCGAUCACGCUGGCUGACUCUACGACCUCGAUAGAGAUUGGAAAAAAUGCAGUAGUGACAGGAUGGGGCUAUUUGUCGGUAAAUAAGAACAGCAUAUCCGACAUUUUGCAAAUCUUAACGUUACCUAUCGUGGACCAAAAGGCGUGCGAAAUAAUUUUCAACGGAAUCAAUACGGUGACAGAAAUUAUGAUCUGCGCGGGAGGUUUGAGUGGAAAAGAUAGUUGUUAUGGUGAUUCCGGAGGUCCACUGGUGUACAAUAACGUUCAAAUCGGUAUCGUAUCUUGGGGUAAAGAAUGUGCAUCUGAUAAAUUUCCUGGUGUGUACACGCGAGUGUCCGCCAUACGAGAUUGGAUAAGGGAGAAGGCAGGCGUGUAGAAUUAAUGUC